GGCUACGCGGACCAACAGCUCGGUGAAAAGAUGGCCAGUGCUCGGUCACGGAAAGCUGAAGAACGGGCCAGACCUCUGACUACUGAACAAGGUUCCAAAGACGGUUGUUCGUCAUUUCGUGGACCAGCGGAAUCGCGGAGCGAGAUGAAAGAACGAUCAUUGGAAUAAGCAAGCAGGCCGGCAGCAGCGGUGCACAGGCAGAGGCUGAUUAGAACAGGCACGGUCUCGACUGUUUUAAUUACCAAGUCGGCAAUGAUCUUGAGAAUCGAAGAUCUUGUUGCGCUGGUCGAGAUUCAGCUGAGCAGCGCCUUAUGACGACUUCAGCAGUUGCAUAGUCGAUCUGCUCAUUCCGGGCGUUUUGAGGUGCGAAAAAUCAGCAGCUACAAAGAGACCGAGCGUCUCCUUGGUCUCACGUUGAGUAUAUUCAUGCCUGUCGAAGCGGUCACCCCAGGCAGUCUACGGUCAGCGGAGUCAGUGGCAUCGACCAGCCUACCGCCAUCGUCUACCUGUCCGGUCUCGCGGACACUGUCGAGUCUGAAGAAGCCAUCAUCACCACGGGCGAUGGUCAGCUCUCCGCUGGCCAUGUCGACAGAUGAUAUCUCGUCCUUGCCUGCGCGUAGACCUUGCAGCAACAGGCGGGCUAGUUUUGCAUCUACGCUCUCGUCUGGCGCGCGUACUCCAUCCGGCUCUGCCUCGCCCAAAAAAGCUGUACACUUCCCGAAGCUAUUCUCUUUGAGAGGCACGCAGAUACAGUACUACUUUAUCAAUUCACCACCAGCGCCAUCCUCGCCCUCAGCGAGCAAUGCCACACAAUCUCGACUUGCUCAGAGGCGAUCAUCCGUACCCGUCGUAUCAAGUAGUCGGCCAACACGAUCAGUACUCAAGAAGCCGUCGUGGGAGCCAAUGCCAGAGGAAUCUGUUUCGGCCGAUGUCACGCGACAACAUCUUCAGGCCGAAGGUCACAUGGCGCCCAGGCCACAAUGGCUUGCCUAUCAGAUCGCGCAAGAAUUACACACAUCCCUCAUCGAUCGAGAGCGAUCCAAGCAAACCAGACCAAACUCGAUAGAUUCUUAUUUUGCCAUUGGAGGCUCGGGCGCGCGACCGCCCAUGUCACCCGCCGGCCCACCCGUAUCUUCUCCAGGCGGAACGAUGCUCCAAGCUGCCCUAGUCAGAUCUGUCGGUCCUCGCGAGGAAGACGAGGAAGAAGAGGAAGGGCAAGAUUCGAACUUGCAGAAGCCAGUGCCCAAGCUCGCGCUCAAAUUAAAUUCGUCCAGCUUGGCGUCUCGCCGAGCUGCGAGAGGGCCGGACGAGCUGCGGACUCUCGUCUCGGGGCUCGCGGCCUUCAGCUGGACAGAGCCGCAAGGCGACGCGGUCAAGUCAGACGACAUGGAUUCGCCAACCGUGGGCGCAUCCCCUCCGCCAAAGGCGACACCGCCCUUCUCCGACGGAUCGACAUCUUCCGAAGAGGACAACUCUGACUAUGCCGAAUCCCUCACAGAUAUCGACGAGGAUCCAUUUGGCAAAUACCUCAUGAACGCGAGCGAUGACGAAGUGACCAUAAGUACAAAUUCUCGCUUAUCUCUUCCGACCACAAAACCUGUAGACGGCAAGGACAGCGUGGACUGGGCACGCUGGAGCCUGGCACAGCCAGAUGUCAUGAUCAUUGAUAGUUGAGGUUGGGUUGUAUCAUCCGUCUUUGCAGAAAUGGGACAUGUUCGAAUACAAGCGAG